CUUUCUUCUUCCUAAGCCUCCUCCAGUCCCUACAGUAUUCAUACUUACCUCCGUACUGGGCAAUUACAGCAAAAAUGCUAACUGCGGAUAUACCUCCAAAUCAAGCUAUUUACAUCAAGAACCUCAAUGAGAAGAUAAAAAAAUCAGAAUCAAAGAGAUCACUUUAUUGUUUAUUUUCUCAAUAUGGAAGGAUUUUGGAUGUUGUUGCCUUGAAGACGCCCAAACUUCGUGGACAAGCUUGGGUUGUGUUUGACGAGUUGACGGCUGCUAGCAAUGCCUUCCGUCAAAUGCAAAAUUUUCCGUUUUAUGAUAAACCUAUGCGGAUACAAUAUGCAAAGACAAAAUCUGAUUGUAUUGCCAAAAAUGAUGGAAGCUUUGUUCCCAGAGAAAAGAAGAAGAAGCAAGAAGAAAAAGCUGAAAGGAAACAACGUGCGGAGGAGGCACAACAAUCUGCAAUUCCAAACGGCACAGGCUCUCAAAGUAAUGGCGGUCCAAAGGCUCCUUUCCAUCAUGGAAAUGUGAAUGCCCAAGAGCAGGCUGCACCAAACAAUAUUCUGUUCAUACAGAAUUUACCUCACGAGACAACAAGCAUGAUGCUGCAGCUGCUUUUCGAACAGUACCCUGGGUUCAAGGAAGUCCGAAUGAUUGAAGCAAAGCCAGGUAUUGCAUUUGUAGAGUAUGAAGAUGAAGAUCAGUCUUCUACAGCAAUGCAGAACCUUCAGGGUUUCAAAAUCGCCCCUCAAUAUCCCAUGGCUAUCACAUUUGCUAAGAAGUAACCUAUCCUAUCAUUGUGUCAAUGAUGCUUUAAUUCUCGCCUCGGUAUAACUUGGUAUACCAUAUUAUCAGGUUCAUGUGCCGACGGGCAGUGUUCUUUCAUGCAUUUUAUGUUUCAAAAAUAGUGAACCAAGCUAGAUGAUUAUAUGAUCAGGGACUGGAUUUUGUUGUAACUUGGGAUUCCUGCAAGUAUGUCUGUUGAAUAGUUAAUAUUAUGUCCGGUUUUAUUA